UCUGGUCCUGUCACUCUUAACAGUGUUCUUGGCUUCCCCCCAGGCACUGGAGUCUUUUCUGUGCAGUCCCAACACUGCAGCUCCACCCCUCACGCGGUGUGAUGGGGUAAAGAACGGGAGAGAGGGUUAUUCGGGGAAGAACCCUGACUCUGUGGGGUCCUGUGUGGGGCUUGGCACUCUCCUGACCUCACCACAGGCAUGAUGCAGGAGUGUGAGUCCUGCUGGAUCAUGUCUGGGGUCUGUAAAACCAUUUCUGUUCUAGUGGGGAAUAGUUUUACUUGUGUCUUUCAGGUGUGCGUGAAGCACAGUAACCCAGUCCGGGUCCCUGUCCUCCCAGGCUCUCUGUGCCUAGAGCUGGUAUUACAUUUUUAAAAAACUUGACCAUUCCCCACAGUUGUGGAUUAGAAUCUAAAGUUAAAGUGUCCUUUUUUGCUGAAGCAGCUCAGAAUAUGAGAUUAGUGUGUUUAAGUUCUUAGGGUCAGUUUCCACAGGAAGCAAAUUUCAGGAUCAGUUUGUUAUGUUUCUACUGAGAAUUUUUUAAUUUAAUGGAUAGAAAACUUCUGAAACACAGGAGAAUGCCUAUUUUAACGGAUGCAAAAGAUGCUCUAAAGCUUACUUGAAUCUUGAGAAGGGUCUUAAAGACUUCUACUACGUUUACUGUAUUAUACCAGAACCCCUGAUGUUUUACAUCUUUUCGCCGUUUUGGAAAUAUUCUCCUAACUGAGAGAAAACGGAUAUACAGACUGAUACCCCUGGUCAUUGGAUCUAAACGCAGAGCUCUAAUGUACAUUUUUAUGAUUUGCACAAAUGUGUUAAACUUUUUUGUAACACUUUAGCCCCUAGGGAACGUAAAUGUAAAUUUCUACCAUCCAGGUAUGAAAAGUUGAAGUAUAAAAGCCUUCCUGACCUAAGACAAGUUAAAACGAAGGGGCUGUCAGAUUACUUGUUGGGAUUAAUAUAUGAAAAUUACUUUUUUUUUUGCCCGUUUUAGUAGUGUUUUAAGCUUUCUACUGUAAAACUAAAAAUAUCCAAACCCAUUGCUAUCUAGUGGAUUCCUGCUCAUAGUGACCCUGUAGGACAGAGUAGAACUGCCCCAUAGGGUUUCCAAGGAGCAGCUGGUGGAUUUGAACUGUGGACCUUUUGGUUCGUAGCCGAGUGUUUAACCGCUGUGCCACCAGGUCUCCCUCUACUGUAAAGUAGAUUAUAAACAUAGAAUUUAUGAAACUUUUCAUUAAAGUUUAAUAACCCUAAGCACCUGAUUACAAAUGAGACUUGGGGAGUUCUUCGAGCUUCCUGGUGUGUCCUGCCCUGAUCUCAUUAACCUGGAGGCAACCCCUCUCUGUAUAUUCCAAGUUUGUUAUUGUUGUUAUUGCUAUUAUUACAGCUUUACCACGCAAGUCUUAACUCUUAAGCUAUAUAUUGUUGAGCUUUGCAUCUUUUGAGCUUUCUAUAAAUGCAAUUACUCUGUACGGGUUCUUUAGUGACUUGUUUUCCUCAUGAUAUUUUUGAGCUUUAUGUGUUGGUGUCUGUAGCUCUAGUCUACCCGUGUUUCUGUAUAUGUAUGUGUUCCAUUUUAUGAAUGGGCUACAAUUUACGUACCCAUUGUACAGCUGUAAAAACCGCAUGGGGGUAGUAUCUGACCUCAUCUAGCUUCACAACUGGGAAGGAAAAUCAAGAUCAACAGCCCAAGGCUGAUUCCUAAGAGGCGGAGGCCAGACAUGCCUCUGCUCUCCACCGUCUUAACCAAGUCUGAUACCAACCAUCCCUGCCACGGUACUCUCUACAUCUCUUCUGGGUUCAAUAAUUCAUGGCAGUGGGCACACAGAACUCACAGACAAUACUCACAAUUAUGGGGUUUAUUAGGGAAGUAACAGUUUACAAUUCAGGUUGAAAAACACUCAGGAUAUAGUUCUUCCAUCAGGACAGCCACCCAGCCAUGCUCGCAGGCAUGCCUCUCCCCGGCCCUCAGCCUCUGCCCAGAGGCACUCAGCUUUCUCUCCCAGUGGGCCAGAAGCCUACCACACUGGGUCUAUACUGCCUGGUCUCUGCUCCCAGGUCUCUCUGUCUUCACUGUUACAACCCGCUCUCUCUCUGCCUUCUGGUUCCAGGAGCUUCUCAGCGCAGGGAUCCCGGGUCCUAAGGACGUGCUGGCUCCUAGCUGUUCUUCUUUGGUGGUGGUGGGGGUCUUCUCUUUCCCACCUCUGGGGUGGCUCAUUUCAAGCCCAGGGGGAUGGUAAAACUGACCAAUCCCUUUCUUGGGCCACAAUUACCCUAUCACACAGUCCUGCCCAAUCACUUGGGCAGAAAUUACAAGACCAUGGCAGGAAAGGCCACACGAAAGUGAUCCAUCACACCACAGCAGCUUAUGAAAUUUCGGUUGUUUCUAGUUCAGUUUUCCCUCUUGUGACUGGUGCUGUUACGUUCAGUCUCUUUCCAGGCUCCAAGUGCUCUUGCCCAGUAACCCAGUGAGGUGAAACUGCCAAGUUGCAAGUGUAAUUUUACAAGUUGCCAAGUGUAAAUUUACUAGGACAUGCUGAUGUAGUGUGUCUGUGUAUUUUAUUUACUUCAUUUGCUUGGCAACAUGGGUUUAUUGAAUUAAUUUUUACUUUGUAGUGAGUAUGAAAUGGUAUUGUACUUCAAUUUUAUUCUGCAAUUAACUGCUCCAGUACUGACAAGGCUGUGUAUAUUUUCCCACUGUUAGUUCAUCUUUUUGUGACUUUUCAGGGCUUCUUUAUAGAGUUUGGAAAUACAUUUUUUAUUUGUAUAUAUUGAAAAUUUUUUCCUAGUAUGUAGCUUGUGUACUCAUUUACUUUUUGCUGCCCGUUGAUGAAUAGUUUUGGGUUUUUAUAUAGCUGAGUUUGUCAAUCUCUUGCCUUAUGACUUCCCUUAUUUCAGAAUUUUUUCUCUGGCCUGAUGUCAUAGAAUUAUUUGUUUAUUAUAACUUCUGAGUGUUAUGAUUUUCAUUCUCACAUUUAAAACCCAACUAUUUGGAAUUGAUUUUUGUACAUGGAGUAGGUAGGAAUGCUUUAAUUAUCCCGAUUAGAUAAUUAGUUGACUACACCCCACAUAUUAAAGUGUGUGUGGUUUCUGGCAGUGCCCUGCAGUGCUUCCUCUGUCAUGGCACCACUUUCCAUAUUGGUAGGUGGGCCUGUGCCAGGACUAUUUAUUUUUCUCCGAUCUAUCUGUAUAGUCUUAUACUGAAACUAUGCUGUCUAACUUAUUAUACCUAUACACACACACACGCACCCACCCACACACACACAAAGUUGGGUGUGCGGGUGUGUGUGUGUUUAGACAAGUCCCCGUGCAGUAUUCCUUAGAACAUCUUGGUUAUUUGUGGACAUUUGUACUUUCAUAUAAAAUUUUCAAGAAUUUUCUGUGAAGUUGUAAGAAAAGUAAAAUUGUUUGGAGUUUUUUGUGAAUAAGAUCUAUUUGGGUAGAACGGUGUUCUAAAAGCAUGCUGUAUCUUUUCAUUAGGACUCUUCGUGACACAAUGGUUAAGCGCUCAGCUGCUUACCGAAAGGUCUUGGUUUGAAUCUGCCAGCCUCUCCACCAGCCUCUUCCUUAAAGAUUUAUAGCCUUGGAAACUUUAUGGGGUAGUUCUGCUCUGUCCUACAUAGGUUUGCUAUGAGUGGAAAUCGACUCAGUGGCAGUGGGUGUUUUUGUUUGUUUUUCUUGUGCUUUAGGUGAAAGUUUACAGGUCCAAUUAUUUUCUCAUACAAAUAUUUAUACACAUAUUAUUGUGUGACACUAUUUGCAGUUCCUAUAAUGUGCCAGCACACUCCCACUUCCCACUGUGGGUUUUCCUUGUCCAUUCAACCAGCUCCUAUCCCUUUUUGCUUUCUCAUCCCACCUCUGGACAGGAUCUGCUACUUUCAAGAAGCAUACUCUUCACCAGCAUUAUUUUGUUUUAUACUCCAGUCUAAUCUUUGUCUGAAGAAUGGGCUUCAGAAUGGUUUUAGUUCUGAGUUAACGGAGAGUCUGGGGGCCAUGUCUUCUGAGGUUCUUCUAGUCUCAGUCAGACCAUUCAGUCUGGUCUUUUUACUAGAAUUUGAGUUCUGCACCCCACUUUUCUCCUGCUCCAUCAGGGACUGUCUGUUGUGUUCCCUGUCAGAGUGGUCAUUGGUAGGUAGCCAGUCACCAUCCAGUUCUUCCUGGUCUCAGGCUGAUAGAGUCUCUGGCUUAUGUGGUCUCUUUGUCUCUUGGGCUCAUAUUUUCCUUGUGUCUUUGGUGUUCUUCAAUCUCCUUUGCUCCAGGUGUGUUGGGACCAGUUGAUGCAUCUUAGGUGGCCACUCGCAAGCUUUUAAGACCUUAGAUGUGACUCACCAAAGUGGGAUUUGGAACAUUUUCUUAAUAAACUUUGUUAUGCCAAUUGACCAAGACCAUGGUCCCCAGUCCCCUGCCCCUGCUACUCUGUCCCUCAAAGUGCUUAGUUGUGUUCUGGAAACUUCUUAGCUUUUGGUUUAGUCCAGCUGUGCUACCUUCCCCUAUAUUGUGUGUUGUCCUUCACUUCACCUAAAAUAAUUCUCUACUCUCUGGUUUGUGAAUUCCCCUGUCCCUCCUUUCCCACCCUCAUAAGCAUCAAAGAAUAUUUUCUUCUGUGUUUAAACAUUUUCUUGAGUUAUUAUAAUAGUAGUCUGAUACAAUAUUUGUCGUUUUGCAACUAACUAAUUUCACUCAGAAUAAUGCCUUCCAGAUUCAUUCAUGUUAAGGGAUGUUUCACGGAUUCAUCAUUGUUCUUUAUCGUUGUGUAGUAUUACAUUGUGUGAGUAUAUUAUAAUUUGUUUAUCCAUUCAUUGGUUGAUGAGCACCUAGGUUGUUUCCAUCUUUUUGCUAUUGUGAACAGUGCUGCAGUGAACAUGGGUGUGCAUAUAUCUAUUAAUGUGAGAGCUCUUAUUUCUCUAGACUGUAUUCCAGAGAGUGGGAUUCCUGCAUCGUAUGGUAGUUCUAUUUCUAGCUUUUUAAGGAAGUGCCAAAUCAAUUUCCAUAGUGGUUGUACCAUCUUACAGUCCCACCAGCAGUGUAUAAGUGUCCCAGUGUCUCCACAAGCUCUUCAACAUUGAUUAUUUUGGUUUUUUGGAUUAAUGCCAGCCUUGUUGGGGUGAGAUGGGAUCUCAUUGUAGUUUUAAAUCUGCAUUUCUCUAAUCGCUAGUGAUCGUGAGCAUUUCCUCAUUUAGCUAUUAGCUGCUCGAGUGUCUUCUUUGGUGAAGUGCCUGUUCAUAUCCUUUGCCCAUUUUUUAAUUGGGUUAUUUUUGUUGUUGAGAUUUUAUAGUAUCUUGUAGAUUUCAAAGAUCAGACACUGAUCAGAUAAGUCAUAACCAAAAUUUUUUCCCAGUCUGUAGGUUGUCUUUUUACUUUUUUUGUAAAGUCUUUUGAUAAACAUGGGGAUUUGAUUUUUAGGAGCUCCUAAUUAUUUUCCUAAUUAUCUAGUUUCUCUUCUGGGGUUUAUUCUUUGUUAGUUAUUUUAUAUUCUCUUUAUGCCAUGUGCUAGGGCUCCUAGUGUUGUCUCUAUUUUUUCUUCCAUGAUCUUUAUCAUUUUAGAUUUUAUAUUUAGGUCUUUGAUCCAUUUAGAGUUAGGUUUUGAAGGUAUCGGUCUUGUUUAUUUUUUUAGAGAUGAAUAUCCAGUUAUACCAGAACAUUUGUUAAAGAAACUGUCUUUUCUGCAUUUCUUGGACUUCGGGCCUUUGUCAUGUAUCAGCUGCUCAUAGAUGGAUGAAUUUAUGUCUUUAUUCUUAAUUCUGUUUCAUUGGUCUAUAUAUUUGUUGUUAUACCAGUACCAGGCUGUCCUGAGUACCAUGGCAGUAUAAUAGGUUCUAAAAUCAGGAAGUGUGACACCUCCCACUUUGUUCUUCUUCUUCAGCAAUGCUUUACUUAUCCAGGGCCUCUUCCCUUUCCAUAUGAAGUUGGUGAUUUGUUUCUCCUUCUCAUUAAAAAGUGCCACUAGAAUUUGGAUCAGGACUGCAUUGUAUCUGGAGAUUGCUUUGAGUAGAAUUGACAUUUUCAUAAUGUUGAGUCUUCCUAUCCAUAACCAAGGUAUGUUUUUCCAUUUAUGUAGGUCUCUUUUGGUUUCUUGCAGUAGCGUCUUGUAGUUUUCUUUGUAUAGGUCUUUUACGUCUCUGGUUACAUUUCUUCCUAAGUAUUUAAUCUUCCUGGGGGCUAUUGUAAAUGGUAUUGAUUUGGUGAUUUCCUCUUCGAAAUUCUCUUUGUUAGUGUAGUAGAAUCCACAUGAUUUUUGUAUGUUUAUCUUGUAUCCUGAUACUUUGCUGAAAUCAUCUGUUAGUUCUAGUAGUUUUCUUCUGGAUUCUUCAGGGUUUUCUGUUGUUGUUAGGUGCCGUCGAGCCGGAUCCGACUCAUAGCAACCCUAUGCACAACAGAACGAAACACUGCCUGAUCCUGCGCCAUCCUUACAAUAGUUGUUAUGCUUGAGCCCAUUGUUGAAGCCACUGCCUCAGCCCACCUCGUUGAGGGUCUUCCUCUUUUCCGCUGACCCUGUACUUUGCCAAACAUGAUAUCCUUCUCCAGAGACUGAUCCCUUCUGACAGCAUGUCCAAAGUAUGUAAGACGCAGCCUCGCCAUCCUUGCUUCUAAGGAGCAUUCUGGUUGUACUUCUUCCAAGACAGAUUUGUUCAUUCUUCUGGCAGACCAUGGUAUAUUCAAUAUUCUUCGCCAGCACCACAAUUCAAAGGCAUCAAUUCUUCUUCGGUCUUCCUUAUUCAUUGUCCAGCUUUCACAUACAUAUGAUGCCACUGGAAAUACCAUGGCUUGGGUCAGGCGCACCUUAGUCUUCAAGGUGACAUCUUUGCUCUUCAACACUUGAAAGAGGUCCUUUGCAGCAGAUUUACCCAAUGUAAUUCGUCUUUUGAUUUCUUGACUGCUGCUUCCGUGUGUGUUGAUUGUGGAUCCAAGUAAAAUGAAAUCCUUGACAACUUCAAUCUUUUCUCCGUUUAUCAUGAUGUUGCUUAUUGGUCCAGUUGUGAGGAUUUUUGUUUAUGUUGAGGUGUAAUCCAUACUGAAGGCUGUGGUCUUUGAUCUUAGCACUUAGUAAGUGCUUCAAGUCCUCUUCACUUUCAGCAAGCAAGGUUGUGUCAUCUACAUAACGCAGGUUUUUAACGAGUCUUCCUCCAAUCCUGAUGCCCCGUUCUUCUUCAUAUACUCCAGCUUCUCAGAUUAUUUGCUCAGCAUACACAUUGAAUAGGUGCGGUGAAAGGAUACAACCCUGACGCACACCUUUCUUGACUUUAAACCAAUCAGUAUCCCCUUGUUAUGUCCGGACAACUGCCUCUUGAUCUAUGUAAAGGUUCCUCGUGAUCACAGUUAAGUGUUCUGGAAUUCCCAUUCUUCGCAAUGUUACCCAUAAUUUGUUAUGAUCCACACAGCCGAAUGCCUGUGUAUUCCUUCUGGUAUUCUCUGCUUUCAGCCAGGAUCCAUCUGACAUCAGCAGUGAUAUCCCUGGUACCACGUCCUCUUCUGAAACUGGCCUGAAUUUCUGGCAGUUCCCUGUCGAUAUACUGCUGCAGCCAUUUUUGAAUGAUAUUCAGCAAAAUUUUGCUUGCGUGUGAUAUUAAUGAUAUUGUUUUAUAAUUUCCGCGUUCGGUUCAAUCACCUUUCUUGGAAGUAGGCAUAAAUAUGGAUCUCUUCCAGUCAGUUGGCCAGGAAGCUGUCUUCCAUAUUUCUUGGCAUAGACGAGUGAACACCUGCAGUGCUACAUGUGUUUGUUGAACCAUCUCAAUUGAUAUUCCAUCAAUUCCUGGAGCCUUGUUUUUCGCCAGUGCCUUCAGUGCAGCUUGGACUUCUUCCUUCAGUACCGUUGGUUCCUGAUCAUAUGCCACCUCUUGAAAUGGUUGAACAAUGACUAAUUCUUUUUGGUAUAAUGACUCUGUGUGUUCCUUCCAUCUCUUUUGAUGCUUCCUGCAUCGUUUAAUAUUUUCCCCAUAGAAUCCUUCACUAUUGCAACUCAAGGCUUGAAUUUUUUCUUCAGCUCUUUCAGCUUGAGAAACGCCGAGCAUGUUUUUCCCUUUUGGUUUUCCAUUUCCAGCUCUUUGCACGUGUCAUUAUAAUACUUUACUUUGUCUUCUCGAGUUGCCCUUUGCAACCUUCUGUUCAGUUCUUUUACUUCAUCAAUUCUUCCUUUUGCUUUAGCUGCUCAAUGUUUGAGAGCAAGUUUCAGAGUCUCCUCUGACAUCCAUCUUGGUCUUUUCUUUCUUUUCAGUGACCUCUUGCUUUCUUCAUGUAUGAUGUCCUUGAUGUCAUUCCACAACUCAUCUGAUCUUCGGUCACCAGUGUUCAAUACGUCAAAUCUAUUCUUGAGAUGGUCUCUAAAUUCAGAACUCAGUGGUCUUUGAGGAUGUGGCUGUGGACUUUACCCAGGAAGAGUGGGCUUUGCUGGAUAGUUCUCAGAGGAAACUCUACAGAGAUGUGAUGAUGGAAACCUUCAGGCACCUGGACUCAGUUUUUCAACAGGAUAAUAACGAACAAAAGUUAUCCAUGACGGAUGACUCCUGGUUCUCCAUAUUAGGAGAAAUCUGUGUAUUCCAUGGCAUUGAAUGUCAGCACAACAACCAGGGAGAGAAUGUGAGAAUAGUUACAGUAGAGAACCUCCAUGAAAGUAAAGAAGGUAGAGUAAAGAAAAGUAGAGAAGUAAAUCAGUGUAGAACAACUUCCAGCUGGAUUGGAAAUCUUGCUAGCCUCAAAAGAACUCAUGCUGGACUAAGUCCUUCUGAGUGCCUUGAGUGUGGAAAAGUUAUCAUGGAUCAUUCAUCGUUUGAGCAUCACAUUGGAUCUCACACUGGAUACAAACCUUAUCAUUGUAAUGAACGUGAAGAAGACUGCAGUUGUCCCUCUUACCUAAAACCUUUCGUAAGAGAGAAACCUUGUAAAUGUAAGGAUUAUGGGAAACCCUGUAGUUGUUCCUCACUCCUCACUGAACAUAUAAGAACUCUCAAUGGAGAGAAGCCUUAUGAAUGUAAGGAAUGUGGGAAAGCCUUUAGUUCUUCCUCAUCCUUCAAUAAACAUGUCAGAGCUCACAGUGGAGAGAGGCCUUACGAAUGUAAGGAGUGUGGGAAAGCAUUUAGUCAGGUUUCAGAUCUCACUAGACACAUAAGAGUUCACAGUGGAGAGAAGCCUUAUGAGUGUAAGGACUGUAGGAAAGCUUUUAGCUAUCUCUCAAACCUCACUAGACAUAUAAGAACUCACAGUGGAGAGAGGCCUUAUGAAUGUAAGGAAUGUGGGAAAGCCUUUAGUCGUUCCUCAUUCCUUGCUACACAUAUACGAACUCACAGUGGAGAGAGGCCUUAUGAAUGUAAGGAAUGUGGGAAAGCCUUUACUCGUUCCUCAUUCCUCGCAACACAUAUACGAACUCACAGUGGAGAGAGGCCUUAUGAAUGUAAAGAAUGUGGGAAAGCAUUUAGUUCUUCCUCAUCCUUCCGUAAACAUAUAAGAACUCACAGUGGAGAGAGGCCUUACGAAUGUAAAGAAUGUGGGAAAACCUUUAGUCAGGUUUCAUAUCUCAGUAGACACAUAAGUUCUCACAGUGGAGAGAAGCCUUAUGAAUGUAAGGAAUGUGGGAAAGCCUUUAGUCAGUGUUCACAACUCACUAGACAUCAAAGAGCUCACAGUGGAGACCGGCCUUAUGAAUGUAAGAUAUGUGGGAAAGCUUUUAGUCAGUCCUCACACCUCAUUAGCCAUAUCAGAACUCACAGUGGAGACAGACCUUAUGAAUGUAAGGAAUGUGGGAAAACCUUUAGUCAGUCUUCACACCUCACUAGCCAUAUAAGAACGCACAAUGGAGACAGGCCAUAUAAAUGUAAGGAAUGUGGGAAAACCUUUAGUCAGUCUUCACAUCUCACUAGCCAUAUAAGAACGCACAGUGGAGACAGGCCUUAUGCAUGUAAGGAAUGUGGGAAAUCCUUUAGUGAUUACUCAUCCCUCACUAGACAUAGAAGAACUCACAGUGGAGAGAGACCUUAUGAAUGUCAGGCAUGUGGGAAAGCCUUUAGUUCUUCUUCAUCCCUCCAUAAACAUGCUAGAACUCACAAUGGAAAUAGGCUUUAUGAUAGGAAUAUGGGAAAGCCUUUAGUUGGUCCUCAUCGCUCACUAAGCAUAGAUGAGUUCAUAGUAUAGAGAGGCCUUAUUGGUAUAAAGAAUUACAGAACGCCUUAGUCCUCAUAUCUCACUAACCAUAUAAGAAUAGUUAACAGGGGAGAGAAGCCUUAUGAAUGUAAGGAAUGUGGGAAAGUCUUUGUUAUUUCUUCUUACCUCAAGAAUUUCAAAAGAAGUCUUAAUGGCAAGAAAUUUAUGUAUGUAAAGAAUGUGUAAAAUCUAGUUAUUCCUCAUGCUUCACUAAACAGGGCUUACAGUGGAUAGAAGCGUUAUGAAUGUAAGGAAUGUGAGAAAGCCUUUAGUUAUUCCUCAUUCCUCAGUAAAAUUGUAAGAACUCGUAGUGGAGAAAGGCCUUAUGUACUUAAAGAAUGAGGGGAACUCUUCGGUUUUCGUUCACCCUUUGGUAAUGUGAGAAGGUACCCUAGAAACAAUAUACCAAAAACCAAACCCAGUGCCAUCGAGUCGAUUCCAACUCAUAGCAACCCUGUGGGACAGAGUGGAACUGCCCCAUAGAGUUUCCAAGGAGCCCCUGGCAGAUUCGAACUGCCGACCCUUUGGUUAGCAGCCAUAGCACUUAACCACUAUGCCACCAGGGUUUUCAGAAACAACAUAUGUAUAAGUAAGGUUGGAAAGGUUUUGGUAAUGCCUUUAAAAAACUUGAAGGAGGACACAUGGGAGAAAAACCAUGUAGUGUAAAGAAUGUGAUAUGGAAAAGUUUUUUUGCUUUUCCCCUUGUACUCUCCAAGAUGUGAGGAUUCAUGCAUAUGGAAAAGUAUUCACUAAUUACUUCUGCUAAAUACGUGAGUUGUCAAGGAUUUCAUUUUACUUGGAUCUACAGUCAGCACUCAUGAAGCAGCAAUCAAGAAAUCAAAUGACGCAUUGCAUUGGGCAAAUCAGCAGAAGAUCUCUUUAAAGUGUUGAAAAGCAAAGAUGUCAUUUUAAGGACUAAGGUUCACCUGACCCGAGCCAUGGUGUUUUCAGUCGUCUCAUAUGUAUGCGAAAGAUGGACAGUGAGUAAGGAAGACGGAAGAAGAAUUGACACCUUCGAACUAUGGUGUUGACAAAGAGUAUUGAAUUUGCUAUCGGCUGCUAGAAGAAUAAACAAAUCUGUGUUGGAAGAAGUACAGCCAGAAUGCUCAUUAGAAGAAAGGAUGACUAGACUUCCUCUCACUUCCUUUGGACAUGUUAUUAGGAGGGGCCAAUACCUGGAGAUGGACAUCAUGCUAGGUAAAGUAGAGGGUGAGCAAAAAAGAGGGAGACCCUCAAUGAGAUGGAUUGACUCAGUGGCUGAAACAGUGGGCUCAAGCAUAACAACAAUUGUGAGGAUGGUACAGGACUAGGCAGUGUUUUGUUCUGUUGUACAUAGGGUCACUAUAAGUUGGAACCGACUCGAUGGCACCUAACAACACCGAGAAAUAUGUGAGAAAAACUUCUGAAAAAUCAUGUAUAUGUAAAGAAUAUGGAAACAUCUACAAAUGUUUUGGAAUUCUUAGAAAACAUGUGAGAUAUUAAACUGUGGAUUGAUUCUAUGAAUGUAAAAGAUGAGGGAAUUUUUCACUGUCUCUUCUGUUAGGACCCCUAUGAGACCUCACAUGCAGAGACUCUGACUGUAAGCCAAGUGACCUUUUGGUGGUAUCACAUGACUUUGGAUGAGUAUCAAAAUGUUAUUUUGGUUCUCUUACAUACAGAUUAUUAUAAAAUUUCAUCACCCUUUGCUGCCUUGAAAUGUGUUUUCUUUUUAUCAACUAUAUUUCUAAAGUUUUUAUAGUUUUUCACAUUAUAAUGCAGUAUGUUCUCUUUGUAGAAUAUUUGAUUUCAGUGGGAAAUUAUAAGGAAAACUGAAAAAUCACUCAAUAUCCCACUACUUAUGCUGUUUUGGGUAAUUCCUUUUAGUCUUCUUUGUAUGCAAAGCUGUGUUUGCUUGAAAAACCAAACCCAUUGCCUUUGAGUUGAUUCACACUCAUAGCAACGCUAUAGGACUGAGUAGAACUGCCCCAUAGAGUUUCCAGGGAGUGCCUGGUGGAUUUGAACUCCGGGCCUUUUGGUUAGCAGCCAACCUCUUAACCAUUAUGCCACCAGGAUUUCCAGAGUUUAUUUAGAGAAUAUCAAUUAUAUUGUAUGUGUAGUGCUAUACUGAGGUUUUUUUUCAUUACUUCUGUCAUUUGUCCUCCACAGUUGUUAUGGUCCCUGGUUUAUUGAUGAGAAAACUGCUCAGGAAGUUUUAACCCAAAUUCUCACCAUCUCACAAAAAUGCCCCACAUAAGAGGUGCUGUGAAAAGCAGGGUUUGCACGAAAGGAGGGCUCCUCAUGGACCCACAGCAUGACCUAGCAGUAAUGAAACUUCUGUCCAGCACAGGCCCAGAGCCUGCAUUUUGAGACAGAAUCCUACUUUUGGUAAUCCUCUAGUUCCGGGAGUGCCAGGAGCUGAGGCUGCGAUUAAUUACUGGGCUGAACUAGACUGGCGACUGCCGCUCCACCUGAUGUGCCUACCUCAGCGGUGUCGUAUCUCAUGCCAGCUACUGAUGUUGACCACAUCAGUCUCCCAGAAUUGCCAACAAUCAGCCAUGGUCGAGAGGUUACGUUGUUAGGCUACUUUCUGUUUGUAUCUAUAGCUUUUAAGAAGUGGUAUUAUAAUUGUGGCCUUGUUAAGUUUUGUCAUCUAUGGAUAAGUUUUACUUUGCUGACUUGCUGAGAACAUUUGAACAUGAUGGUUCAACAUAAAAUAGACUAUAUAAACUUAUAAAAAGGACUAUAGUAUUUCAGACAUGGAUGCUGUUGGACUGAAGAGGGAUUUUUAGGAGUCGUGUAGAAACUUAUGUUCUUCAGGUUGCUGCUAACCUAGGAUAACAUGGAACCAAGAUUAGGUACAUGAGACUGAGUAAACUAAAAGAAUUACCACAGGUUUUUAUGAAAAUAUUACUGAUGUUCAAUGUUCUAAUUUUUAAACAUUAAAAAAAAUUAUUUCCCUUUCCCUAUUUUAGUGUAAAAAUCAGUUAUUUCAAUAACUAGUCUUAUUAUGCUGGUUACAGAAUAUAGAUUAAAAGAUGCUAUAAUGGUUUAGAUAAUGCCACCUAUGAACUCCAGGAAAUAAUACUGAAAUGACCCUGAUAAAAAGUAAUUCUUCUAAACCACAUGACCCUCUUUUAUGUUGCUUAUACCGACUUUAAUAUUGUUAAAUAUUGUCAGUCCUUAAUCCAACACUCUAAGGAAUACUUUCACAUGUUGAAGAAGCCUAACAACCAAAGUCAAAAACCCAAAAUCUGUCUGAUAUUUUUCCAGAGGACUAUGUAUACUAAAAAAGGACAUUAGCUAAAAGAUUCCCUAGAGUCUCAUUGGAAAAGACUGUACAUAGUUUUCCUUACGAAUCUUUGUGCUGCUAAAUUACAGGGAGUUAAGACUUGCAUAUACCCCUCCCACUUAAAGAAGACUGUAGUUCCUGUUUGGAUUGUCCAGCCAUCAAAAUGACUCAAACAUAAAUUCACCUACCCUAAUAAACUGAAGGAGACUACCAUGACAGAAGCAGACAGCUCUACCCAAGACCAUGGAAUGAGAUUUCGUGCAGGCAAAUGAGAUUUUUUGGACUACGCUUUAUAAUCUUUACUUUCUUAUUUAUCUUGAUUAUUCUUCCACAAGUUGAAAUUCUUCCUUAGUAAGGUAUAGUCUGUGGAAAUCCCUGAAGUAGCUGCUCUUUGUCUGAUACUUAGAGAUUUUAAAAUAACAUUAUUUUUUCAACUGGAAUUAGUAAAUUAGUACUUUGCCAUGUGUUGCUUUCUGAUUUAUGUCCAGUACUUUCUUUGCCAUGCAUAUGCAGGCUAUUAAAGUCUUUGGGUUCCUGUUCCUACUGGUAUAGGUAAUUCUUACAGGAUUGCAUUUAAAUUCCCUUUUCUCUAAAUCAAGAAAUUUCCCUUUACAUUGUUAAUUUUUUAAUGUCUUUGCUAGAUGUUGUUACCCCCUGCCUAACGCUUAUAGCCUUUGAAGUUGCCUUAUUAUAUUAUUUUUAAUUAAUACUUUUACAUUAUGAAGCUUUUCUUAAGUAAAUAUAAGCUAUUAACAUAUUUUUUUUAAUCGUAGGUACUAAAGAAAACUAAAACCGAAAACCAAACCCAGUGCCACCGAGUCGAUUCCGACUCAUAGUGACCCUAUAGGACAGAGUAGAACUGCCCCAUAGAGUUUCCAAGAAGGGUCUGGCAGAUUCAAACUGCCGACCCUUUGGUUAGCAGCUGUAGCACUUAACUACUACGCCACCAGGGUUUCCAAACAAAACUAAAGUCUAAUGCAAUAUAGAGUUGCUAUGAGUCAGAAUCAACAAGGCCAACAGGUAUUGCAUUUAAAUGUAACGUUCCUAAAAGGCAAAUAAAUAAUUAAAGCUAGAUUUUUUUGUAAGUCAUCUGGUUUUAACAUUACUCAGAUCUUUCAAUAAUAGAUUAUUUUGCAAAGAUGCUAUAAUAUCUACACAGGAAAUUGUUCUUGGCUAUUUCAUUUUGCUACAAGUUUCACAUCCAUACAGAAGUACUAUUUUAUCAUAUUUAGUUAUAUUUUUCUUAAUACAGGGAAUGUCAUACUUUGUAAGGAAACCAAAUAUUUUUCCUCAAAAGGAUAAAAAUUAACAUUAUUUGUCACAUAUAACUCUAUUUCUCUAGAAACAGAGCUAACUGCUUAAGUAACUUUUAUAGGUCAUUACUUUUAAGAUGACUAACUUUUAAGGUCUAAAAUAAUUCAUUAUUUAAUAGAUUUUAAGGUGAAAGUUUAGAAUUUAACAGUUACUCUUUAAAAGGAUAAUAUUUGUGGUAGAUUGUGUAUUUUCUUUCCUCCAGUAUAAAUCUCUUGCUGGCAGUAGGCCUAUUUAAGAACAGCUAACUUCUCCAGUGAACGUUUAAUUUUGUAUACUGCCCCGCCCAGAUUUUAAAACAUGGCUUUUUCAGAAAGUUUAACAAUAUGCCUACAGGAAGAAAAAAAACAAAAAAAAAAAAACCUCUC